AGAAGAACUGGAGCCUAUCCCAGAAGUGUCACCACCCAUGAUUUGGCAGUGCCUUCUAGACUCAAAGAUAUGCUGUUCAGCAGUCAGAAGAAAGAUGGAGAGAAAGGAUUAAAUGAAAUGGAAAAGAGAAGGCAAACACUCGGGACAGCCAAAGUGUUUCUUAACAACAAAGAACAACACGCGCACGCAAAUAAGAGACAUAGCUAGGCUCUUCAUCUGGGAGGGGACGCCACCGUUAUCAGGCGAGACGCCGUUCAACACGAGGAACUGUGAGUCUGGCUUCACUUUUGUCUUCUUGCAUGUUUGGAUGAAGUCAUUAAAAUGGGAUAGUGGCUGAAACCUUUUUCUCUAAUCCUAAGCAUGACGGUGUACACCCUAAAUCUGAGGGUUUUCUGGCCCCUGGUCUUCUGCAUCCUCCUGGCUACACUGUGCUUCCACCAGAUUUUACACAGAGGCCACGAUUCAGGACCGGAUGGCUGUGACACUCGGAGCCAUGCACUUCUGUCUCUGGUCAAACUGAUCUUGGCGUUUGGCUUUGGUUAUCUUCUCAUCAAGCGUUGUUCGUCUUCUCCAAGGACAGGAAGGAGGGAAGAGCGAAAGCUCCAGGAAUCCCUGGCAGGACCACCAGCUGCACACCCAAACGCCGCAAGGAAAGAGCUGCUGGACACCUAUUAUGAAAAGCAGGUCCGCCUGUCCCCCCACGUCUUAGGCCAUAGCAAGGCACAUGUGGCCAAACUGGUAAGCGAGCUGGUCCGAGCAGGCCGGGCUGACAUUCCCCCCGAAUCCUCACUCGCUUUCCGUGGAGAUUACAUUCAAAUUGGCAGUGCCUACGAGGAGCACAAAGUGGGAAGCCCUGACUGUUUUGACCUUCUGGUUCCCCUGCGUCUGCCCCGAGGACUCAAGCUGGAACCUCGAUGCCACUUAACUGGAGACUGUGGUCCUGGGGGUCUAGCGGGUUGCAGUCUGGAAGCUCCUCGGAAGUCGGACUGGGUACGGCAUCACCGUGCUUUUGUAGAUGGGUUCUUUGGAGAACUUGGCGGGAGCGAGUUUUAUAGGCUACGCCCACCGCAGGUCCUGAGAUGGUUUUACUCCAAUGUGCAGCGCUGCUUGAGUGCCAUCCGUUACCCAUUUGAGCAACGCUGCUACAUCACUCUGAGCCUGGCAGAGGAUCGCGUGCUGCUUCACCUGAACCCUCGAUCUGACUAUGUCUGUUGCCACAUCUCCAUGGGCGUCCGCCUUAUCCCUGCCUUGCACCUUGGGGACGGUGCUUACCUUGUUGCCCAGCCCAAGUCCGGAGUGCCAGGCAGCUUGCAUGAGAUGCUGUGGAAUGUUUACUUCCCCAAACAUGAACAGAAGUUUUUGGGCUGGGUUAAGGGUCGAAUGCCUGCCAGCUCUUGCCACCUCAAAUGUCUGCAGCUCCUGAAAGCCAUGAGGGAGCUCAGUGGUCAGAUGAUGGAUGUUAAGGGUGCCACCCAGUGGAGAACUGUCCUCUCCUCGUAUGCCAUAAAGAUGGCCUGGAUGCAGCUGCUUUUGUGCACCCCGCCUGAGGCUUGGGAGGAAUGCCAUCUGGUGGAGCGAGUGGAGGACUUGCUGCGCACCCUUCGAGACGGCCUGCAUAAAAGGCAAAUUGGGCACAUUUUUAUGAGAGGGGAUGCUGGCCCAUUGCCGGAUUUCCACUGUCUUCCCAAGUUCCUCAAAGAGGUGCCCCCUACGAACCUAAUAGCAGGAUUUGACCCUGCUGAUCUGGAUCUCGUCUCGGCAAGACUUGCUUACUCCUGGGUCCACCUGCACCGACUAAUCCGACUCGGUCGUCCACAGCGGGACAGUGCAGCGAGGGCAAUGAGGUGUAAACAUCUCGAUUCAACCUAGUCACUGAAAUCCUGCUGAGGAGGUUCUUUAAAAUUAGAAAGCCCCAGAUUGAGGGCACUUAGUACUUGACGGCUAUUGUGGUACGAUGCCAAGUAUUGUGUGAUGCAGCACCCAGUGAACAAAGUAAAAAGCAGGCUAUUUGAAUGAUGUAAGACUGCAUGUCAGUAAAAGAAGAAGCUUUGUGGUUGGAGAGCAGCGGCUAGUAAGAGGAAACGAUGGACACUUUGUGAUGAGACAGUCAGGUUCUCGUUUUUGAAAGCAAUACACAUAUGUGUGUCUGGGUGUGAAUGGAUGUUUGUCUGUCUCUGCAGAUGUGUGACCCAGCCGUGAGUGUUUUCACAUAUCCGUUUCUGAUGGUUGUUGAAGUGUCAGGAACGAACGUUCAGGAGACAUUAGUAAUGUAGUGAAACCUAAGAGGAGAGAGUGCAGCUCAUUAGUUUAGUUUGGGCUUAUGUUUAGUAAUUGAAAGCCAGUUACAAACCACUGGCAAAGGAACGGGACUGUGUGGCUGGGCAGCUGGGCUAGACCUACCACCAUAAGCGCAAGAGAAAGUUUAGGCCAAUGUGCCGUUGACAGAGUGCCUUUCACACAUAUGUGGCACACUGAAGAGUUGUCAUUGUGACGUCAAGAGGUUGUUACAUGAAGAAUCCUGGGAGCUAAGCGAGGACUCGGUGCACCAUUUUACCUGCUAUAUCAGGUGCUCUGUUUAACUUGCUGGACUUUAACUCAAGUUCGUUCACGCAGCUCAUCUUACCUAUGGGUUAGGAGGUCUUUUGUACUUGCUGGUGCAGGGUGGUCCCUUUUUCUCAGUAGGUGAUAAGGUUGGUUUUACUCACUGAGUCAGGUGCCUUCUGUGGCCCAUUGGCUUAAAUAAGGUUGUAUCCCCCAGCACAAGUUGUCUCUUUUACCUGCCGGGUCAUUUGGCUUGUUUUAAUGUAAGGGUCUCUUUUACCAUACCCACUGUGUCAGAUGGUCCAUUUU